CCCGUCCCUCCCCCUUCGCUCCUCCCCUCGCCCCUCCCUCCCCGCUGCCGCCCCCUCCUCCCAUUGGCCGGGCAGCGGCAGGGAGAUGGCGGCCAUUCGCAGCGUGAAGGGGCUGGUGGCGCUGGUGACCGGUGGCGCCUCGGGACUGGGACGAGCCACGGUGGAGCGACUGGUGGACCAAGGAGCUCGGGUGGUCCUCCUGGACCUGCCCACCUCCCCUGGGGGCCAGCUGGCCAAGGAGCUGGGGGACCGCUGCGCCUUCGCCCCCGCCGACGUGACAUCGGCCGAGGAGGUGGGGGCCGCCCUGAGCUUGGCCCAGAAGGAGUUUGGGCGGUUGGACCUGACGGUCAACUGCGCCGGGGUGGGCAUCGCCGUCAAGACCUACAACAGCAAGAAGGACAAGGUGCACCAGCUGGAGGACUUCCAGAGGGUCAUCAACGUCAACCUGGUGGGGACCUUCAACGUCAUCCGCCUGAGCGCCCGCCUGAUGGGCCACAACAAGCCCGACCCCGACGGCCACCGCGGCCUGGUGGUCAACACGGCCAGCGUGGCCGCCUACGAGGGCCAGGUGGGCCAAGCCGCCUACGCGGCUUCCAAAGGUGGCAUCGUGGCCAUGACCCUCCCCAUCGCCCGCGACCUGGCGCCGCUGGGGAUCCGGGUGGUCACCAUCGCUCCGGGUUUGUUCUCCACCCCCCUGCUGGCGGGUUUGCCGGAAAAAGUGCGGAAUUUUUUGGGGCAACAAGUGCCUUUUCCCUCCCGUUUGGGGCACCCGGGGGAAUACGCCCACCUGGUCCAGGCCCUGGCGGAGAACCCCAUGGUCAACGGGGAGGUGGUGAGGCUGGACGGGGCCCUCCGGAUGCAGCCCUGAAAUUUGGGGGGGGGGGGGGAAAUGGGGGAGGACCC